AUAGCUGUCCUCCUGUUCUCUUUGCGACUAUGCAUUAAGACACGUAAUACAUGCGUCUACUUCAUCAAUACCUCUUAUUUUAAUCGUAUAUAAGUUUGAAAAGAAUAGAAGCACAUUGUGAACAUACAUAUUCAUUUACAGGCACAUUUUAGAGGAAUAUGUUAGUAGUUUAUUUAGGAAGUAAUUUUCAAUGUGAAAAUGAAUGUUCAUACGUAUAUUAAAAUCUUAUGUAUAGUUUUAAUAAACUUAACUUUUAUACUUUGUUACGAGAAGUUCUUUUUUUCAAAACAGUUAGUGACAGAACUUAUCAAUAGAAAUAUUUUAAAUACUCUAACAAAAGUAAGAAUACAGACUUGCAUUGAGCGGUGCAAGGAAAGCCUUUCUUGCGAGGUUAUCAAAUAUCGCAGAAGAUAUCAUUUGUGCAUACUGCUUGAAGCCGACAGCAUGAACAAUCUUGAUAUACAUUUGGUACAUGGAGAAGUAUACAGCAGCAAAUCAACGUGGGAUAUGACGGAAUACCUUGGAUGUCAACAUUGCCGUGAAAAACAUGCUUGUGCUAGAAACGGGUCAUCCUGUUAUGCAGCAGCAUGUGGGUCUCCACCAUAUAUUCAAUCAAGUUCUACCAGAGGAAACAUGUUCUCUAUUGGAGACCGUAUUGCAUUCGAAUGUGAAAACACUUCGGACAAAGCAAUUUCGGAAUGUCAACAAGACGGUACUUGGAAUUUAACCGGGAUACAGUGCAAUAAUACAGACAAUUUAAGCGUAAUGGUGAUAACAGGUUCUGUUUGGACGUCCUGCCAAGGUUCAACGUACAUGUUUGUUAGAACAGAGCUUACAUGGAUAAAUGCGAAGAUCAACUGCGAGGCACAGGCUUCACAACUUGUAAAAGUAGACAGUCUACAAAUUGAUACAUGCAUUCAGGAUAUUUUUAACAGCUUGUAUUCAGGUGAGAGGGUAAACUUAUGGAUCGGGGCAAAUGAUAUAGCAACAGAGGGAAUAUUUGAAUGGGCAGAUGGAUCGUCAGUGAGCGGUUAUGAUUCAUGGAAUAACCGACAACCCGACAAUGCAUUGGGGAAUGAAGACUGUGCAGUUCUCGGGACAAGAUUCUUCCGAUGGAAUGACAACGAUUGUAGUGACACUCAUGGUAGCAUAUGUAGCGUAGCCGCUCCUUAAGUCCACUGGAUAGAUAACUCAAUACACUGUUUUUGUUUC